AUGUCUACAGACUAUAGCCACGGUGUCCAGUACUCUCCAGCGACCCUUGCUCCUACCAAGAUCAUAAAGACUGAUGAAUUGGAAGGGCUAGGUAUCACGUUCAUUCGCCUGACAUGGGUCGACCUCACUAGUGUUGUUCGAUUCCGCGUAAUUCCCCUGGCGCACUUCUUCAAAAUGCUUCAGUCGCCUCGUCCCAGUGUGGCCAUCGCUAAAGUGACCAUGGGUCUCGUUUACUUGCACACCGCAGACGAGUUCAGUGCUAUCGGGGAAUAUCUCUACGUUCCAGACCUUUCUACUCUAAGGCUCUGUCCCUACGAAGAAGGACAUGCCAGCGUAUUAGGAUGGUUCCAAAAGAAAGCCCCUGUCCUUGGUGCGGAUGGCAAUCUGACCGUCGCUGUCGAUCUCUGUCCCCGGAGCGUGUUACAGCGUGUCGUUAAACAGUCCAAAGAAACAGGCGUAGAAUUCUUGGUCGGCUUCGAAACUGAAUUCAUUCUAUUGAAAUCUACGAACCCCGUGGAAGCUGCCAAUUAUCAUGCAUGGACGGCAUCUGAUGGCUUACCAUCUGGGGCCGUCGAAUCGCGCGUUAUGCGCGAGAUCGUGGAGUCUUUACUCAAGUCAGGGAUCGAAGUUACUAUGUACCACCCUGAGGCUGCGCCAGGCCAGUACGAAGUCGUCACUGGUCCUUUGCUGCCGCUUCAAGCCGCUGAUGCACUCAUACACACUCGCGAGACUAUUGUAAAUGUUGCCAUCAAAUAUGGUCUCCGAGCAACCUUCGCUCCACGCGUGUAUAUGACAAGUGCUGGGAGUGCUGCUCACACCCACAUAUCAGUUCACUCCGUGGUUGGUGGACCGAAGCCGUCAGAUUCCCUGUCAUCGUUGGAAUCUUCCUUCCUGGCCUCGGUCUUGAAGCAUCUCCCAGCAAUGGCUGCUAUCACGCUUCCUAUCCCAGCCUCAUACAAACGGGUCGCUGAUGGUGUCUGGUCUGGUGGAACCUAUGUCUGCUGGGGAACGGAGAACCGCGAGGCCCCCAUCAGGCUGACAAACGCGGUCUCCCCCAAGUCUAGAAACUUUGAAUUGCGCUUUUUGGAUGGAACUUGCAACCCCUAUCUUGCGCUUGCGUUAAUUUUGUCUGCUGGUCUUGAUGGUGUUAUCAAUCAAGAACCGCUGGGCAUCAAGGACUGUCCGGGUCCAUUGACCGCUGCCCAGAUGGACGAGAAGGAACGGCAUGAGCUUGGUAUCAACAAACGGAUGCCGUUAACAUGGGACGAAGCUAGAACCGCAUUCCAGUCCGAUGCCCUCGUGGAGAAGACGUUCGGAAAGAAUAUGAUAGUGAAGUAUCUAUCAGUCAACAAGACUUUGGGCACAGUGUUGGAAGAAUCCGAUGAAACUGAGCAGGCUCGCCUCACACGCUUGGUUCAGUUUUAUUAA